AUGGUCGAAACACCACCUUCUUUCGAUCUCGUUGUUGUUGGCGCCGGUGGCGGGCCGAGCGAGGCCAACCUUUCCGGCUACUUACUCAAGACACACGAGAAAUCUUGGUCCGACGGCAUUGUCGGCAUUGAAGCGGGCAGUGGGCUCGGUGCUCUGAGGAGAAUUCUUCAAGAAAACCCCAAGUUGUUUUCGUCAUCUGCCGAUGGAGAGUCAGGACUUGAUGCCGGGCAAGUUUACUCUGCUCUCAGGACGUAUCUCAUAUCCCAUGCCCACUUGGACCAUGUUAUGAGCCUCAUCUUACUCGCGGGAAGCAUGGACGGGAAACGGAAGAGCGUUCGAGGAUCUCGAAAAUGCCUCGAAGACAUCGACACAAUAUUCAACCCUCAUAGAAUAUGGCCGAAUCUUGCUUCCUGGGAUGCAGAUGAUGCGGAGCAUCUGUACCUCUACGAUCCAUUGCCCGACAAUACGGACGCAUAUACUCCUCUACAUGGCGAUCUCUCAGUCCGAAUGUUCCCUAUAAACCACGGAGUCGGAUGCGAGGAAUAUUUCUCCUCCGCUUUCUUUAUUAGACAUGAUAUUAGUUCCCGCGAGUUUCUCUUCUUCGGAGACGUCGAGCCUGAUAUUCUCUCAUCACAACCGCGAACAAAAGACGUCUGGCUCGCGGCAGCACCAAAAAUCGUCUCCGGAUUACUCGAUACGAUAUUUAUUGAAUGCUCCUGGCCUGCAGGUAGACCCGACGAGAGGCUGUACGGGCAUCUUUCUCCAGAACACCUCGUCAAGGAGCUGGAGACUCUUGCGACUGCAAUCAUUUCAUUCCGAAAUAAAGUAGGAAACGCUCAUACGGGACCAAACGCUCCCAUCAAUUCGUCAAGCAGAAAACGCGCUUCAAGCGAUGCAUCCCCGGAACGCAAGCGUUCUAAGCAUUCACAAACUGCUUCGAAUGGGACAGGAACGGUGUUGCACGGCUCUCUCGAGGGGAUAACAAUAUACAUCAUCCACUGCAAGGAGGACAUGGAAGGGAAAUUCGCCGGCCGUCCUAUGCAUUCUGUGAUAUCAGAGCACGUACGCAGUCUGGUAGAAGAGAAGGGCCUUGGUGCUACGAUCCUUGCAGCAGCGCAAGGUGACCUUAUUCGUAUGUAUUCUGUCCACGUUCUGCGAGUUAUGUGGGUGACUGACAAUCGACAACAUCGCGCAGAAAUAUAA